AUGAAAUAUCCAAACAUGGCUGAAAAAAUGAAAUAUGCCACCCAGAAAUGGGACCAGAAAGCCAAAUAUGGUCAGAUAAAUGAAACUCACCACAUAGCAAUAUGGCCAGGAAAGCAAAUCACACCACCCUGGAAGGUCACAUCUCUGAUCUCACAUGUGGCCAAAAACAUGAAUCACACCACCCUCAAGGGUGGCUUAAAAUUUGGAUUACACCACACUCAAGCUGGGCAACUGCAGACUUUACACACUAAACAUGCAAA